ACAGUUGCAGCCAAACUACCUUUGAACCAAGUUACCAGUUAUAUUGAAGAAUUGUGUUCCCUAAAAGAAGUGACAAUUAUGAUCAAGGAAAUAUUUCUCAUCUGCUGUCUGAUGGCAGCAACACUUGCGAUGCCGGCUACCGAUUAUGGCUCCUCAAACCCGAGUUCGUUUCAAAAUGGCGAUGCUCCAAUUCUGAUAUUGCCGCUGGCCAGCGAUGAUUUAGAAGGAGCUGAAUCGGCACAUCCUGGCUACGGAGGUGGUGGUCAUGGAGGUUUUGGAGGUGGCCAUGGAGGCGGUUUCGGUGGUGGCGGCUUCGGAGGUGGUGGCUUCGGACGGGGACAUGGCGGUUUUGGAGGAGGACAAGGAGGUUUCGGUGGUGGCGGUUUCGGAGGCGGAGGUUAUGGAGGUGGUGGCUAUGGUGGUGGCUUCGGUGGAGGUCAUGGAGGCCGUGGACAUGGCUACCAUGGUUAAAUGAAGUUGCGGUUGCAAAUGAUGAACUGCAGAUGUACAGUAAAUAGGUAGUGAUGUUUGAGAUGGGAAUAAAGAGUCUGAAAUUUUCAUGAA